UGAGAUGAACAAUAGGAGAUGGUCCAUUCGGCUCAACGAAAAUGCCGCGCGAUGCAAUCUAGCGAUGAAACAAUAGCCAACAAUAAUUUUCAUCUGCUCUGGCAAUCCAGAAAGGCGGCUAAGCUUUUGGUAGAAUUUCGUGAUGAGAUUUUUCGACUGCGAAAGAGAAGCGCGCCGAAUAGGCCGCAAAAUAGGAUAACGCGAAACUACGGAUAAACCGCAGACCGCGCCUGACGAACCGUGAUAUUUCAAAUUUUUGAAGUGCCGUGUGACGACAACGGAUCUCGGUACGCUACAGUAAACCAAAGAAGCAAAUAUGGAGUCUCGCAUCUCUUUGCCUUCAAGCCAACGGGGCACCGCACGUCGGUGGAAACUACGAAGUUUCACGCAGAGCUAGCCUUGCUGCAAAUAGGAAAACGUUUCAUUACAAUUUUCUCCAUCACAUUACCACUACUCAUCGACCAAUCGUCUGCGGUCGCUCUCGUUGUCGUUGCUUCUGCCACUGACUGUAACCUCCCAUUACAAUGCCAAGCUUAAUCUUCAGAAAAGAUGUGGAUCGAAGGCAAUCCUCUCACCUCCUUCUCAAUCGUCGCCUUAUCUAUCGAUCCAGUUUCAAGAAAAAGAACGCAGUACUCUCACCUUUCUGGUCGAAUCUCUGUCUAUUCUUGUUGUUUGGAAACAGGUUUACAUCUGCUUUUGCUCAAGUUGGUGCUGGCACACUAGACCCCAAGAUUGACGACUGCUCUCUUUGUUCUCCGGGUGGAAAAUGCGUCCCAGACAAAGUUUCGAUUUUUGAUGUUCCCUCCGAUCAAUACAGACGGGACAAAACAUCUUUUCAUUGCGAUUGUUUUGAGGGCUAUAGCGGUGCGUUUUGCGAUCAAGAAGCUGGAAUGAACGACGAUUUCCACUAUGAUUACUCCGAAGGAAACAGCACCAGAGAUGAAGCCAACAAUGACACCGACAAUGAUAAUGGAAUAGAUGAUCUGAUUCUUCUCGCUACCGAAGGGUGCCCCUUUGGGUGUCAAAAUGAAGGAAAAUGCACCUCCGUUUUUGGGGGGGUCAUGCAUAUCUGCCUAUGCCCAGAACCCUUUUGGGGAUCGCAAUGCGAGUUCAAUAGUCUCGAUGAACCAUGCGAUUUAAAUUGCACUAGCAUCUCAAAUGAAUCAUUCUUUUCAGACGGUGGAUUCUGCGUGGACUCGCCGCAAGAUCUCGACGAUGGCGACGAUCACACUUGUGUCCAUUGCGAAGAAAUUGCAGUAGAAAACGAACCCGUUUGUGAAAACGAGAUCAAUUGCGUCAACGGGGGAGCCUGCAUGGUCAAGUAUCUAUAUACGGAUGCUUCUGAAAGCGACGAAACAAUGGUCCAUCGUCCGCUGAAAUGCACUGCGUCCACAAACAUGGACGGAAAUUACAUCUGGGAAGAGCUUCCCCCGUACGAACUUUAUUGCGAAUGUCCGAUCGGAUAUCAAGGAGAAAAAUGCGAAGAAAUUGAUGUAUGUGGAGGAUGCCAGAACGGUGGAUACUGCAUCUCAGAGAACACGCCUGGUGACUUUAACAUAACCGCCAUUUUUUCUGAUUUGUUCAAAGACGAUGAUGAUGACGACGACGAUGAUGACAAUAUCUACAAGGUCUUCGAUCCGGAUGCCGAUUGCACAUGUCUUAAUGGUGGCUGCGAUCAACGCGGAUGUGGAUCUGGUGCUACCUGCAUUUUCGGUUUGUGCAAUCAGAACGGUCUCAUCAAUCCAGGGUGCCCGGGUGGCAAGUGCAGUCAACGAAAUACAGUCAACGCAACCUGUAAGUACCACAGUAGUUUAUUGCUGUGAACUGUCACUUCUCUUUGGGCCUAACAAAGGGUUUUCAUCCCUGCUUUGUUUUUCCAACUUAAAUGUAGGCUUCGGCGGAGACUGUGAUCAGACCAAUGCUAUUGAUUGGUCGUGUUAUGGAGAAGACUGCUUCGUUGAUGCUGCACAUUCGUCCGAUGAAAAUGUGACGCCGUCAUUUUGCCACUGCAAAUAUGGCUACUUUGGAGAACAUUGCCAGCAUUUCAUGACUACAAUCUGUUUAAUUGAUGAAGUUGGCACUGACUACAACGCCAUUCACGAGUUUUGCUUAAGAUCUGGUGAAUUCUGCCCAUUGCCCAUUGGACAUAUGUUCCCUGAACCGUUUGGUAAUCUGUUCUGCGCAAAUGGAGGAACCUGUGGCGACACCGAUAACUUCGACUUGUUCAUGCUACGAGUGUAAGAAAUAGUAUCGAUGGUGAUCAGUGAUUUCUGCUGGAUAAAUUUAAAGCGAUUGAAGUGACUUACUUUUUUUGUUUUGACAUUUUGUCCACAACCUUUUCUACAGAACGAGCGGCCUGUUCAGGUGCGAAUGUCAAGAGAAUUUUUGGGGUGUUCAUUGUGAAAUCCCAAUUACAGAAAUGCCCUCUUCAGUACCAACUAUCGAGCCUUCCGUUUCUCCGACCCCCAAGUCCUCUGCACAGCUUCCUUGGACAAACUGGUAUAAAGUUGCCCUCGCUUUAUCGUUUUUAACCCUUCCAAUUUACUAGAAUGCUUUGUUUCCAUAGCAUUUGGUGUCGGAGGAGGCUUCGAUAGUUUCGAGAACAAGAAAUGAAGAAUAAGAUACCGAAUACCAUACCAGCAAACGGUGCUGCAAUGAUGAUAGACAGAUAAACGACACAUAUUCCACGCAGACACAAUAGUGCAACGAAAUGCACGCAAAACUAUGACUGCGGAGCCAUCUCGAGAAAUCCUUAUAACAUUCAUAACUUUAGGUAUCAUGCAUAUUACAUAUUUUAAAACCAGACCAAUGAUUUUUGCAUUUGCUAUUUUUGUUUAAAUGGAUUGAAUGCUUCAGAUUGGAAACUCUACAAAUAGUAGGAUUAUAAACCAAUUUUAAUUGC